ACUCUAAAUGAAAGUAAAAUUAUGUGUUUGGUUAGAAAAUAUUUUUGAAUUGCUCAUAGUAUAAACUUAUUUACUCGUUGUUGGAUAGGUAUUGGUGAAUGAGAAGUAAUCCACCGUAUUGAGUGUGAGUAGGUGAUAUAAGAAUUGUUCCUUUUCUUCUUCACAACGCAGGAAAGCAUUGCGUUUGUAAAGUGUGCGAAUCAAUGAGUCCUCCGAAAGUAAGGUUCUAAAAUGACGCGAUAGCAAUUUUUUCUCAAGUGAGAGACGCACCCAGGCACGUGUGUAGCCGAUGUGUGUUUUUAUAUCCGCCAUGGCCAGAACAUUCCUAAAAAUAUAAUAUCAUUAAAUAUUUACAAACUCAUGAUUAAAUCAUUUAAAUAUAAUCAUAACGUACUUAACAUCGAACUCCAAUGACUCCGGCAAGGGGCAUAAUUGCUCAAGACCUACAAAUUUAUUGCGAUCACGCGAACGACUGCGAUUAGGACUGGGUGGAUUGUCGACAUCAGUUUGGAAAGUAGACAAAUCUGCAUAAAUGUAAAUUUAUAAUUAACUUAUUUUUGUGUAGUACUGCAAAUACUCACAAUCCAUUCGUUUGCGCAUCACAUUCCAGGUGUUGUACCGCCGUAAUUGCCACUGCCAAUUUUGUUACCUCCAAGCGCUUUGGGAGCAGGAUUUGUUAUUGUCGCCGUAGUGCUAUUAUUGGCUCGAGCAUCUUGCAAUUCCAGAUUGGAGGAAACUGUUUCAUACAAAUUAAUUUACUUCAUCACCAUCGUUAGAUGGCAGCAAAAUAAAAUAAGGUCUAGACUAUAGAGAUUAAAUAUUCAACCAAUUGCAGCAGUACAGAUAAAAACUCUAAUCCGAUACGUGGAUGACAAUAAGACAAAAUCCAGAUUUAAUAAUUAAGAGGUUAUAGUGGUAGUGGAUUAAAUUUCUAAUAUCAUAAUUUGCAACUCUGGUUUGCAACCCUUCGUUAGUUACUGUUCAAUGGUUGGUCUUUCAUCGCAAAAAGAUUUUGGUGCCGCUAAUAUUUUUUUAGGUUUUCCGCUUAACAUUUUAGUAAAAAAUAUUAAUUGCACAAUUUUUCGGAAUAAACAUACAUUUGUAAAACUUAAUAGAAUAAUAUUAAUAUAAAUUUAAUACUUGGGGUAUCCGUGCAGUAAAGCUGUCGCACGGUGCCCAUGUGGAAAAUUUAUUACAUUUUUAAGCUUUCCGACUCUUAAAAUACAAAAACUUGAUUAAAGAAUGGCUGGUGGAAAUCAGGCGCGCGUCAUUCAAGUGACGAAUAUUGCACCCCAAGCCACAAAAGAUCAAAUGCAAACAUUGUUUGGUAACAUUGGGAAAAUAGAAGAAAUCCGUCUAUACCCAACUGUGCGUGAUGUGUCCUGUCCGGUGCAAUCACGCAUUUGCUAUGUUAAGUAUGCGGAAAGUACCUGUGUUCCAGUGGCCCAACAUCUAACAAACACUGUAUUUAUUGAUCGAGCACUGAUUGUCAUACCUGUGCUGGCAAUUCCAGAAGAAUAUCGCGCGUUGGAGAUGUCCAAAAAUGGCACAAUCGUACCAGGUCUACAAAAGCCGGAUUCAAAGUUGCCUCCAGAAGUGAUCAAUCGCAUUGAAGGCCAGUCCCCACAACAGGUUAUAAAAACUUACGAUCCUAAAUUGUUGGACAACAAUUUACCCGAAUAUCCAGCGUUGCCCUCAUUUUAUGACGCCAGAAAAAUUGAAGAAAUACGUAGAACAAUAAUCGUAUGCGAUGUAAAGAAUGAAUGGCGUCUUGACGAUUUAAUGGAAUGUUUUCAACGAGCGGGUGAAGUAAAAUACGCAAGAUGGGCCGAAAAAGAUGUUAAAACUUAUUGUAUGAUCGAAUUUUGCGACCAGCCAAGUAUUAUACACGCUCUUAAAAUGCAAGGACACGAAUUCAAGGGAGGAUAUUUAAAUGUUUAUCACUCAACUGACUCCAUAACCAAGCCGGAAGCAAAAUCAAAUGAGGCAGCGCAAGCAGAAAUCGAAGAAGCAAUGACUAUUGUAAAAGAAGCUCAAAAUAUGAUUUCAGCUGCAAUUGAUCCCGUAAUUGGUAUGUUGGCUAAGGAUAAGCGUCGACGUUCCCGCUCACGUUCAAGAUCUCGUGAUCGUCGCACCAGUCGUUCGCGUUCACAUCGUUCACGCUCCAGACGUCGUUCUCGGUCUCGUACUCGUAAACGCUCCCGUAGCAAGUCCAAACGACGUUCUCGUUCGCAUUCUCGUGGAUCACGUUCACGCAAACGCUCUAGGUCACGAAAACGGUCUCGUUCACGCCGUAAGAGUCGGUCCCGCUCACGUUCUAAACGGCGGUCUAGGUCCCGCGACCGUCGUGCUAAACGUUCUCGUUCACGUCAUCGUCGUAGUACCUCCAGAUCACGUCGUUCCCGAUCGCGUACUAAACGUUCUCGCUCGCGUGAGCGCAAGCGUUCGCACCGUACUCGUGAUGAGAAGCGUUCACGCUCUUCGCGGUCACACAGUAAACGUCAUUCGCCAUCUCCAUCAACUCGAUCACGUUCGAGUCGCAGCAAAGAUAUUGUUCCACCUAUAAAAUCGUCAUCGUCUAAGCGACGUUCGCGUACUCCGGAUCGCAAAUUAAAGCCCAUUUCAGAAGAUAUAGAAAUUAAAAGCACACGAUCUAGUGUGGACUCGAAGUCUCGCAAAUCUGUUAGCGUGGAGAAAUCGGACAACAUGGAUAUAUCUAAUUCACCAUAACUAUUCUCUUGGUAAUUGAAUGAACAAGUCACCCUAAGUUAAAGUUUAAAUUUUUAAUUUUCUUCAGUAUAAUAUUAUUUAUAUUUGAUGUAUAAUAAUUUAUGUUCUAACAUAUUCUAUUAUACCAUUUUUUUACAAUAUUCAAAAUUUCAAGAAUAUACUGUUUGAGAAAUAUAACCUUUAUGUUUCUUCCGACAAAGCUAUUACAAUAAAGAAUGCACUCUACCAUAUUAUCCGCCA